AACAGUAACGCAAGCGAUCGUGACUUUCUAAUUGCGAAAACGCCGACCUCUGCAUCUCAAGAGCAUCAUUCAGUCAGCACGCACCAACUCAUGUCGUUUCUUAUUCCAGUUUUUGUCGGUUGCCUGGCAGUUUAUCUUGCCUGGAGACUGAUUCCACGAUCAAACGUUGAAAUCAAAGACAAAUAUGUUCUUAUUACGGGCUGUGACUCCGGCUUCGGCCGCAAAACAGCAAUUCGACUGGACGAGAUGGGAGUUCGCGUGAUUGCAACUUGUUUAACGAAGGAAGGCGAACAAAACUUAAAAUCUGUGACUAGCGACAGACUGAAAACAUUCCAGAUGGAUGUUACAAACUCCCAGCAUAUUAGAGAUGUGUUCGAUGAGGUGGAAAGGCGGAUUCCAGAUGAAACAGGUAAACAGACUUUAGUACUUUCAGUCGUUAAACUGUCUUCAGUCUAUUUCAUAUGGUGUCAUUGAAUUUGGCCAAUGUUUCAAGCUACAGCGCAAUCAGACUUGAACUGUUUAUUGCAAUUUAUAUGUAUACCACUUUCAGUCGCUAGCUUGUUGUAUUGUCAACGAGAGAAAGUAGAAAAAAGCUUUAAUUUAAGAGAUCCUCGCAGCUAAGAACAUCACUGAAACGAGUAGUUGAAAAUAGGACCUGAAAAAAUUUCAGGUCCGUAUGGGAUUUGAACCCAUGAUCACUGCGGUGAAGAGAUGAAAUUAAGAGAUCCUCGCAGCUAAGAACACUUAUGAAACGAAUAGUGCAAAUAUAUGAAUUUCACGUAUCUAAAAUCAUCAUUCAUUACUUGGAUGGUUUAUUUGGACCCAACACAUAAUACAGUUCCCAGUUGGCUUGUUAGCUCAGUUGGUAGAGCGCUGCACCGGUAUCGCAGAGGUCAUGGGUUCAAAUCCCGUACGUGCCUGAAUUUUUUUUUCAGGGCCUAUUUUCAACUACUCGUUUCAGUAGUGUUUUUAGUUGCGAGGAUCUCUUAAUUUCAUCUCUUCACCGCAGUGCAAAUAUAUGAAUUUCAUAUAUCUAGAAUCAUCAGCUUUAAUUUCGUGCUUCUCCGGAAUUCAGAUGUUUAUACUACUUCUUGUUUCGACAUAGAGAUUAGAGACUGGGACGAGAAAGGAGCGUCACUUAGACACCGAGGGCGAGUGGGCGAAAACAGUGAAAUAAAAUCCGGAAUAAAACAUUCUCUCACUGAUAAGCAUGUUGAUUCUCAUUACUUCAGAGUUUGCUGGAUAAUGCGUUGGUAAUGUAUCAAGGAGCUAUGAGAUUUGCACUUUCAUUAAAACUCCUCAAGUGUUUUUGAUAUUCCCUUUCCUUUUUAGGACUGUGGGGCCUGGUGAAUAACGCUGGGAUUCAUAUCCAAUCACCAAUUGAUUGGCAACCGCUGGACAAUUUUAAACGCAUUGCAGACGUUAAUCUAUGGGGAAUGAUUGACGUCACUAAAACAUUUUUACCUUUAGUGAAGAAGGCCCGAGGACGAGUUGUGACCUUUUCAAGUACUGCAGGUAAGUUACAGAACAUAAAAUGGAUUCUUUUUCUGUAUGAGAUGUCUAUUGGUGAUUAUUCUCAAAGACAAAUCAGCACGAACAUAUCGAUAGGCAAGUUAAGUUUGAAAAAGGGGGACCUUUCGCAAUGUACUUUACAGUUAGUUAUAUACUUCACUAUGACGUAGCGCCUGACAGGCAGCACGCGUUUUUUCCUGCUCCGUGAUUCUAAGCGAACUUUCUUCAAAAUAACUUCCUCGAAACGACAAAGAGCACUAUUUUAAUCACAAGUAGAUUUUUAUAAUAUUGGCCUCUAGUUACAUGGCGAUAUUUUAUUCAAGAGCGGCACUGAAUGCCAUUUUAUCUUCAACGACGAAGAAGUCGCUCGGUUGUGAGUUAUGGCGCAACAUAUCUGAUCUGGGAAUAACACGGCAAAGACCCACACGUCGAGGGACAAGAGCAGGACAGCGCAAACAAAGGCAGAUUGGGAUUUGCAUGGGGAAUGGAGCACGCAAGACUCAGCAAUUUCCGAACUUUAAUGGGUGUUUCUUUGCCAAGAACUUCCUUCACAGGAAACCUCAUUUACAUAACCAACUGGCGAACAUAUUAAAUAUUCAAAAUGACACCUUUCCACGUAGCAAUCUAAACAACUGCAUUGUUAUAGAUUGCACCAAGGAAAACAGAGCAGCCAGUACUGAAUGGUCACCCAAAGUUCCUAAGAUCAUGUUAGCGAAUGUCAUGUCUUUAGCCCCAAAAUGGAUGAAGUUAGCGAGUUUAUCACUCGUAAUCAUAUCAACCUUGCGUUCGUUACGGAAACCUGGCUAAAGGACUCUGUGUUGGACACCGUUGUUGACAUCCCGGGUUUGCUAUUGUGCGUGAGGACAGGAAGACACUAGAACACGGUGGUGUGUGUGUCUAUAUUCAAGAAAAACGGUGCAAAUAUAAACAACUGAACGAUUUAAAGUGCUGUGAUAAUCAUGAGACAUUGUGGCUCCAUCUAAGACCAAACCGCCUCCCCGGGGGUUUUCCUGCAUAAUCGCGGCAGUGAUCUAUCACCCCCAAGGCCGAUGGGACAUCUAUCCGGGAGCAUUUGUUCCAGUCCCUCGUCCUAGCGGAGACGCGAUAUCCCAACUGUGGAUUGGUCGUCACAGGAGAUUUCAACCGCUUGGAUAUUAAGGGCUUGCUGAAUCACUUUCGUCUCCAGCAAAUAGUUCAAGUUCAGACCCGGAAGGAUGCCAUAUUAGACUUGGUGCUCACUAACAUGCAAGAAUACUAUAAUCCGCCACAAGCCUACCCUCCAUUCGGGUUGUCGGAUCACAACGCUGUUGUUGUGUCGCCAAAAGAUGGUAAACGUGAUGUAAACAGAAAGCACGUUGUUAAAAGGCGUGACUUACGUGAGAGUAACAAGGCUGCCUUGGGGAGAUAUCUAACCUCUAUUGAUUGGCCUUUAUUGUUCGCUCCUACGGAUAGUUGCCAGGAAAAGUGGGAGAUUUUCCACACUGCUGUACAUACAGGGCUUGAUAUUCUGAUGCCUGAGAAAGAAAUUCGCACCUGUAGUGCGGACGCUCCUUGGAUUGACCAUAAGCUGAAGUCAAUGAUUUUGAAAAGACAAAAAGCGUUCAAAUCAUAUGGCGGCGACUCUGCCCAAUUCAAGUUCUUCCGAAAUCUGGUUAACCGGGAAAGAAAGGCAUGCAGAGCUAAAUAUUAUGAAGUGAGAAUUCAGAAUUUAAGACAAGAAGCCCCAAAGAAAUGGUGGGACGAAGUAAAGCGUCUGAGCGGCUCAAAAAGGAAAAAUGGCGACCUUCUGAGCCAGAUUGACGUGGAAGUUUUUCAGAAUUGUCAUUAAUAGAAAAGGCCAACACCAUCAAUGCCGCGUUUUUAGAACCGCUGGAGGAGUACAGACUGCCAACUCCACUAGAGUUUCUCCCCAUGGAGGCGAAUACAACACCAGAGAUCCUGCACGUGGGUGAACAACGUGUUCAGAAGGUUCUGUCUCACCUUAACCCUGGGAAAGCGUGUGGGCCUGAUAGAAUUCCCAAUUGGCUACUGAAGGAAUAUUCAGAUGCAGUGGCUUUCCCAGUGACAGAAAUCCUUAAUGCCUCCUACUCCGAGCAGCAUUUACCAAAAAAGUGUGGAAGUUGGCUGACGUGACACCCCUGCCCAAAAAGAAAUCAGUAAAGGAACUGAAAAAGGACCUAAGACCUAUCUCGCUUACUCCAUGCAUUUCUAAGGUCGCAGAAGGGUUUAUUGUGGACGACUACGUCAAACCAGCAGUUAUGAGUAUCAUUGACGACAGCCAAUACGGGGCAAUACCAAACUCUUCCACGACUAUGGCCUUAAUUAGCAUGUUACAUAAUUGGUCAAUUAACACUGAUGGAAAUGGCGCUACUAUAAGAACAAUCGUAUUUGAUUAUCGAAAGGCCUUUGAUUUUAUCGACCAUGAAAUUCUGAUUAGAAAACUGCGUACUAAGUGUAAAUUGCCAGUUAGUAUUACCAAUUGGAUAGUUGACUUUCUUUCUGAUAGAUCACAAAGAAUUAAGCUGGCUGCGGAGUGCUUUUCGGAGUGGGGAUCUGUGCCCUCCGGAGUACCACAGGGCACAAAAUUGGGCCCAUGGUUAUUUGUGCUUAUGAUAAAUGACCUUGAAAUCGCGUAUCCACUAUGGAAAUACGUUGAUGAUACAACAGCCUCGGAGAUGAUACCAAAAGAGAGUGAAAGUCACGCCCAAAAUAUAGCAGAUUGUGUUAGUGAGUGGUCACGAGAAAAUAGAGUUCACUUGAAUUCUGAUAAGUGCAAAGAGCUUCGGAUCUCAUUUUCUAAAAGGCCCGGGUUCUUUGAUCCCAUAGUAAUUGAAGGCAAAGAGUUGGAGGUAGUUAGUAGCGUAAAGCUCCUGGGCCUUAAUAUAGCUAGCGACUUGACCUGGAACAGUCAUAUAUCAGAAGUAAUCAAAAAGGCCAGUAAGAGGUUGUAUUUUUUAGUGCAACUAAAGAGAGCUAGGGUUCCCUUACAAGACCUAGUACUUUUCUACACAUCAUGUGUAAGAUCUGUAACAGAGUACGCGAUACCUGUCUUCUAUAAUGCACUUCCGCAAUAUCUGAAGAAUGAGCUUUUACGUAUUGAGAAACGGUCAAUUUCCAUUAUAACUGCGGGUGAUUGCGCGGUUGCUCAAGAUUUAGGAGUACGACCCAUCUUAGAACAUUACGAAUUUCUAUGUCAGAAGCUUUUUUAAAGGUAUCUUAGACAACCCUAGCCACAAGUUAAAGGCGCUUCUUCCACCCAUACAUAAACCCAGCUAUAACUUCAAAAAUAAGCGCCAAUUUAAUAUGCCACGCCUUCGCACUUCGAGAACGAUGAACACUUUUAUAUUUGCUAUGGCAAGGAGGUUUAAUGGCUAGAUUUUUAUCGAUACGAUAUCCUUUAUUUUUGUUACGGCACGCGUGAUAAUUAUAGUAAUAAUAAUGAUAAUGAUAAUGUAGAUACUUUUAAUUAAUUUAAAUUUAUUUUAAUUAGUUUACAUUUAUAGCUAAUGUAUUUUAUUUAAUUUACUAUCAUGUUAUUAUAUUGUAAAUUGCUGGUAUAAUAAGACGUGUAAUUAGGUUUUUGAAUUUUAAAUUUUAAAUUUCUUGGAUUGUAAAAAUGUGUAAUUCAGCCCUCGGGCUGCAAAUGCAUUUGAGAUUAAACUAUCUAUCUACUUCCUUUCCAGUGUAGACUGGUUACGAAGUAUUGAUAUACUUCUGUCAGAAUAGUACAUUCAGCUGAUCAAGCACAUUAGAGAUUGUUUUUCCUUCGGCUCUUGAAGCGGAGGGAGACUAUAUUUGUUUUUGUCACGCCUUAAAGACUCGACCAUUCUUGACUUUAUUUAUAAUCCAUGUCGCUCUCAUUGUCAGGUCGAAUAGCAUUCAGCUGUAUCGCUCCUUACGCUGUAACCAAAUAUGGCGUUGAAGCGUUUUCUGAUGCUCUUAGACGAGAAAUGUAUUCUUGGGGAAUAAAGGUCAGUAUCAUGGAGCCAGGCUGUUUUCAGACAAGAAUGACUCAGCCUGCCGCGAUUGAGAGACAGCUGCGACAAUGUUGGGAUAACCUGAGUGAUGAACUGAAAAAGGAAUACGGAGAAGAAUACUUGGAAAAAAGUACGUAUACUUCGAACAUACGAACGAAAUACUUUUGACAACUGAGAGUUAGGACACACGUUCUGUGUGCUGAAGUCUUGAAUCCUCUGGAAAUAUUAGAAAGCUUUGAAAUACAGGAUCAAUUAAUAUCACCGACACUACAAAGUACUAAUUUGCGUGACAAGCGUCACUUUUGGGGUUUUUUAUGGAGCGGGAGCGUGCAUGAGGCUGCCCGUAUGGAGGAAGUGUUCGAGGCGAGGAGUGUGAUGAAAGUGACAUUUUUCCGCGCUCCUCACCUCGCACGUGUCUUGCUCCUCGCCCCUCGCACUCGACUUGCGCAUGGCUCCUCUUGCUUGAAAAUCAAAUGCAUUGCGGGUUCCGGUAGACUAAGAAGCAAAAACCAUCAUGACAGAACUUGCUUGAAUUCAGUAAUUUUAAUUUUGCUAACUGCUGUGAUUGGCUCUAGGUAUUGCUCUCAGUACUUUGGUCUCUCCUUCUGGUCGUACCAGUGACGUUGUUGAUGCCGUCGUGGAUGCUUUGACGUCACAGACACCACGUGAUCGCUAUUUGAUUGGUUUUGAUGCCAAAUUCAUUUUUGGCUGGCUAGCGAUGUUUCCAACCUCUAUGGCAGACUUCAUACUUAAGCGCCUGGUUCCUCAGGACUUGGUGCCGCUGGGGAGCAAAUGA